AUGUCUUCCCGUAAGAGAAAGCAAGAGGAAGGUGCCGAAGAAGAGGAGGAGGAACUUGUUGCCCUUCCGUCUGACGACAGUGAAGAGGAAGAAGACGAGCCCGCCGCCGAUGUUCCGAAAGUAAAGCGACAGAAGACAGAGCCGAACGGCGAGGAAGAAGCUGAGGGUGAACUACCUGAAGAAGAUGAGGAAGAAGAGGAGGAGGAACUCGAGGGAGAGGAAGAUGAUCUUGAUGAAGAGGGUGAAGGUGAAGAUGACGAAGACGCUGAACCAGAGGAGGAAGAGGAUGACGAUGCCGAAGAUGACGGCAAGGGCAAGGCCGCUCCGAUUCCCACUGCUGCCAAGAAGUAG